ACUUGUCUCAGGUUGCGAUGGACAUUGAGAAUCCUCUGACUGAUUUGGGUUUUGUCGUUUAGACUACUGCUUAGUGCUGCAAUGCAUAUAUCAUUUGGUUCAAGUCAUUUCCAAUAACUGGAACAUAUGAAAUUCACGUGAAUAACUUUCUACAAAGGUAUUUGCUUUCACAUUUGUCACGAAAGGACUUGUGAACGGGACGUUUAGCUUGAAACCUGAAAGUUGUGAGUUCGAGCCAGCAGUCACAGAUUCGUAUAGCUUGUUUAGUUAACAUUCACCUGUCAUACAAUCAGCCACCAAAUUGUCUUUGAAGGAAAGUCAAGUAGCUAACCGUCAUACAUAGUUGGCUAGCGAUCUUACUAGAUUUAUUUGUUUUUGCGUGUUUCUCUUGCCAACAACUUCAUGGCGAAUCCUUCCCAUGUAUCAACAGUUUUCUCUUUGUACAAGAGGAUUCUACUGUUGCACCGGUUCCUGCCCAUUGAUUUGAGAGUGCUGGGAGACCAGUAUGUCAAAGAUGAAUUCAGAAGGAACAAAACCGCGGCGCCCGAGGAGGUCACUGUCUUCAUGAGGGAAUGGGGGGUUCUGUGGGCCAGCCAGGUCCACCAGGUAUCCCAAGAUCCCAAGGGGGAGCCUGGGUUCCAGGAGCCAAUGGGCCCUCGGGGGCCUCCAGGGGAUGGCUUUCCAGGAGAAAAGGGGGAUUGGUGGAGACUGUGGGUGGAAAGGAGACAAGGGAGAAUUUGGAGAGCCAGGGUCUGUAGGACACAUGGUAUGAUAGUCUUCUGGUCCCAU